UCGGCGCUCUUCUUUCAUUCCGUUAUUAUUUCCGUACAUGGCGCGGGAGUCGCGCGCGUCCGACGCUCUAACGGAUUCGGAUUCGGUGACGCGGGGCGAAGCGGCGGCGCGCGGCGGCGGCGGCGGCGGUUGUGCUGGUGGUGGCGGCGGCGGCGGCAGCAGCAGCGGCGGCUCGUGCUCCUCGGCCCGGCGGCUCCAGGGCGCCUGAUGCUCGCCUCUGAGGCGCGGGAUUCGUCCCCGUGUUCCUUCCUCCUUCUUGUUCUCAUCCUCAAGACGCGAAUGCUCGACGGAUUAAACGCCACUUAUGGAAACUGGGGACCAAAAUUUUAGGAAAAAGCUGAAUUAACACCGGUUCUUCAUUUCCCAACCUGAUUCACUUGUUCAUUUUUUUUUUCCUGGGCUCAUCAUCAUGGCUUCUUGAUAUUUGCUUUUAAACCUAACACCAGCCCUGAUAUUUAUAUAUUUAUAUAUUUAUUUAUUUAUUAUUAUUAUUAUGCAUUUCGUAUAAACCCAUUCCUUUAUUUGCAUUAAUUUGUGGUCUUCCUGUCAUUCCUUCAUCCCUCUCUCCCUCUCUCUCUGUCUUUCCUUUUGUUUAGAUGAUUAGAUGUUUAGAGUCAAUAGAGAGACAGAGAAUGAAUGAAUUUCUUGCUCUUGCCUUUAUGACAAAUGAUACCCAUCACUCAUAAGGAUUGAAACAGCUUAAGCGUUUGGCUCGCACCACCGCUCACCGGCGUGAGGUUAGAAGUGGUCUCAUCUGUUUCCUUUAGACCUCAAAUCCGUUAUUCCCAUUCCCACAGUCAAGACUGUAAUUCCAGCCAUCACCUGAACACAGGAUGCUGUAAGCUGGGAUACACGUGUCCAGAUUUGAACGGCUCGGAUGCAUCAGAUCUUCCAUUAAGCACUGACUCAGUUACUUAUUUGUUUAUUUAUUUAUUUAUUUUUGUUGUUGUUGAUGUUGCACCAGUUUUCUCGCCAAAGCAGUGUUAUGCUUUGUACACAUCUUGCUUGACAUCUUCCACCUCUGAAGCUGGCCGCCAAAGUGUGUGUGAAGUAGGCACGCAGGCCAGAGCAUCACCACUUCCUCGUCUUCCUACUUUUUGGUUGAAUCCAUCAUCUCGGCCAUCGUCAGAAUCAUCACAUUUUCCACAACUCCCUUUUCCCUUAGGUAGCUGAUUUCCACCUUUGGUAAGGUGCCCCAAUUUCUGCCUUGGUGUGGUCCUGUAAAUUUACAAAUAUUUAUUUCCUAUACGUCAAGAGGAAAGGGGGUUCCCCUUUCAUAGAAUGCGGCAACAUGGGUCUCUUUGACCGCGGGGUUCAGAUGCUGCUGACCACGGUGGGCGCCUUCGCCGCCUUCAGUCUCAUGACCAUCGCAGUCGGCACGGACUACUGGCUCUAUUCACGAGGAGUGUGCAAAAUAAAGACUAACAACGAAAACGAGACCAGUAAGAAAAAUGAAGAGGUGAUGACGCACUCUGGACUGUGGAGAACCUGCUGUUUAGAAGGGAACUUUAAAGGGCUGUGUAAACAGAUCGAUCACUUUCCUGAAGACGCGGACUAUGAAGCUGACGCGGGAGAGUACUUCCUCCGAGCGGUAAGGGCGUCCAGUAUAUUCCCCAUCCUUAGUGUGAUCCUGCUCUUCAUGGGAGGUCUAUGUAUUGCAGCCAGUGAGUUCUACAAGUCCCGUCACAACAUCAUCCUCAGUGCAGGGAUCCUCUUCGUGUCUGCAGGUUUGAGCAACAUCAUUGGCAUGAUUGUCUACAUAUCAGCAAAUGCCGGUGACCCCACCAAGAGCGAUUCGAAAAAGAACAGCUACUCGUACGGUUGGAGCUUCUACUUUGGUGCUCUGUCCUUCAUAAUGGCCGAGAUGGUGGGUGUCCUGGCCGUGCACAUGUUUAUCGACCGGCACCGUGAACUUCGAGCUGCCAACGCCCGGGCUGGGAGAGGCAUCGCCACUGGAAAUGCAGACUACCUGCACGGCUCGGCCAUCACACGCAUCCCCAGCUACCGCUAUCGUUACAGGCGCCGCUCACGCUCCUCCAGCCGCUCCACGGAACCCUCGCAGUCACGUGACACCUCUCCGCUGGGCCUCAAGGGCUUUGGAGCUCUGCCAUCUACUGACAUCUCCAUGUACACUCUGAGCCGUGGCGGAGCAGACACACUGAAAGCCACACCUCCAGCCACCUACAACUCAGAGAGGGACCAUAACUUCCUCCAGGUCCACAACUGUAUCCAGAAAGAUGCGAAGGACUCACAUAGCAACGCUGCCAACCGUCGCACUACGCCUGUAUGAGUGCCACAUAGACCAAUACUGGCAGGGAGGGGAAGUGACUGAACAUGGGCCAGAAAAAAAUGAGAGAAAAGGAACGAACGAGUGAGAGAAGGGACAGAGAAGCAGAACACAAGGGGUAAAGAAGGACUGGGGAUCCACUCUCGCGCUCUCUGAGUUGUGAGCUAUUUACAACAAUGAAGAUGACUAUGAUGAGUUUCCAUGUUGAAAAAAAGUGAAAAAGUGAAAAAUGUCCAAAAAAAGAGAUAAAGAAAAUGCAUGAUUUUCCCAUCUACCAUAAUUUAACGAGUUUUAAAACAUGUUUCAAAAGAAGAGGAGUAAGUAACCAGGGGAAAGAGAACCAGAGAAACAGAGACAGAGGCAUACACAGGUGAAAGCGAGGGCGGUUGUAGUAGACGAUGAGCAUUGUGAGUUUUAAAAGGUUUCUAUUUUUUCAACUCUCUUCUCGGUCUCCAGGGCGACCUGUGACUCCGUCCCCUCUCCUCCCCGCCCACCUCCCUCUUUACUUCCUGUAUGUAUCCAUCUCAUUCUUUUGCGCAUUAAUACUGUGAAGCGUUGUGGCCGAGGUGUACCCAGGGCAACAAAAAAAAAAAAAGACGAACCUGUUUCCUGGCCACAACUUAUAAGUUAAUAUAUGUAUUAAUUAUAUAUGAAUAUAUAAAUAUAUAUAUAUGUUAAUAAACCACAGAUAGACUUCCCUGACGCAAGAGAAGGAUGGAAAAAAAGACA